AAAUUUCCCACGUUUUUUGUUAAAUAACUCUAGCUGUGGGCCAAUCACUCAACAUAUUUCCCUGAAAUUGGAGAGUGUGGGGACUUUCCUUUUAUCUCCCAUCUCACCAACAUUGAAUUGAGCAUCCAAUAACCAUUUUCUCUCAUAUUUAAUUUCUUCAUGGCUAAACCUCUAUAUCAUUUUCAUGAGAAACAUCAUUCUUAACUCUUUCUCUCUUUUCUUUGUUUUUCAUUUUAUUAAUUACAUCAUAUAUUUCACAAUUGAAAAUAAUAAUUUUCGAUAAUCUUGAGUUAGUCUGGUGGUCGAUUUAGUUUCUUUCACUUUGGUGACAUGAGUCUGAUUCUUAUAUCCAUUAAUAGGGAUUCUCUAGCUUGCUGACCCCAGAAUCAAGAAAAUAAUAAUUUUCACCACCUUGUAAAAUUUUUUUGAACUUUGUAUAUUGUUUGGAGCUUUGAAUAUUUAAAUGGGUGUUGGGCAAUCUGGGUUAAGGUGUAAUGGGUCGGAAAGGAUUGGGCUUGGAGACUUGCCGGAAAGUUGUACGGCUGUGAUAUUGGCCCAGUUAAGCCCACCAGAGAUAUGUACGCUUGCAGAAGUGAACAAGACUUUUCAUGAAGCUUCAUUGUCUGAUUUUGUGUGGAACUCAAAGUUACCUUCAAAUUAUGAGUUUCUUGUUAGGAAGCUUCUUAAUGAAUGUCCUACUAACUUCAGUAAAAAAGAGAUUUUUUCUAGGCUUUGUGGGCCCAUCAGAUUUGAUGCUGGAACUAAGGAGAUAUGGGUGGAGAAGAGCAGUGGGAAGAUGUGCAUGGCAAUUUCAUGGAAGGGAAUGAGGAUUACAGGAAUAGAUGAUCGUAGAUAUUGGAGUCAUAUUCCUACUCAUGAAUCAAGAUUCCAUGCAAUAGCAUACCUAAAACAAGUAUGGUGGCUAGAAGUAGGAGGAGAGUUAGAGUUCAAGUUCCCAGCAGGAAGAUAUAGCUUACAUUUCAGGCUACAACUCGGAAAACCCACCAAAAAACUCGGUCGACGAGUUUGCAACUCAGAAGGAGUCCAUGGUUGGGAUGUUAAGCCAGUAAAGUUUCAAGUUUCAGCCUCAAAUGGACAACAUGUUGUUUCACAGUCUUAUUUAAAGCCUACUGGAAAUUGGGUUUGCUACCAUGUUGGAGACUUUACUUGUGGGUCUAUGCCUAUCAAGAUCAAGUAUUCCUUGGCUCAAAUUGAUUGUACACAUACUAAAGGAGGACUUUGCUUGGAUUCUGUUAUUAUAUGUCCUACUCAAUUAGUACAUUCUUUGAAGUACUAGGCUUAGUUUUUGUAUAGUUUUAAAUCUUAGGUUAUGUAUGACAAGGUAUUGUAGAUAGCAAGAAUGCCAUAUAGAAAUUUAAAAAUUAUUUUAUAGUAGUAGUUUCCAAAAAAAAGUUAUAUUAUAUUAUAGUAUUAUAUCUAAAUUAGGGAUAAUUUCGUUGGUUUUGUAAUGUAAGUAGUAUUAUGUAUAGUGUAUACAAAUGUACUCUAUAUUGAUUACUUGUUUCUAGCAUAACAUGGUGUUCUUGUUCUCUUUUAUGAGCGAAAUGCCCAUUAAGUUAUUGAUAGAUUAUGGGAUGAAAGUUGACUGAGUCAAGAUUAUUAUUUAAAGUAGUUGUAUUUGAUUUUGGGUGCAAUGGCAAGUU